ACUAAAUACUAGUUGUCUCUUUCGCCGGUCCAGUCGCAUCCUAUCGGCAGGGGGAGAGAUGAUGCACGACUCUGGCGGUGUCCAAAUGGCGAGGGCGCUGAAGCAUGCAGCCCUGUGCCUGAUGCUGCUGCCCCGGUUCCUCCUGGCCGCCGUCAUGCUGUGGCUCCUGGAUUUCUUGUGCAUUAGGAAAAAAGUGCUGCUGAAAAUGGGAGAGAGGCAGGACAGCCCGGACGACCCGCCGGUGUGCGUCUCCGACUCAAAUAAGAUGUUCACCUUGGAGUCCCUCAGGGCCGUGUGGUACGGCCAGAAAUUGGACUUUCUCAAAUCUGCGCACCUCGGGGGCGCUGCGCCCAACACCGAGGUGGUGCUGGUCCAGGAGCGGAGGCAGGUCAGGAUCCUGGACUGCAUGAAAGGGAAGAGACCGCUCAUUCUUAACUUUGGCAGCUGCUCCUGACCGCCUUUCAUGACGCGCCUGGCGGCGUUUCAGCGCGUCGUGAGCCAGUACGCAGACAUUGCGGACUUUUUAGUUGUAUAUAUUGAGGAGGCGCAUCCGUCGGACGGCUGGGUGAGCUCGGACGCGCCGUAUCAGAUCCCUAAGCACCGCUGCUUGGAGGACAGACUGAGAGCCGCUCAGCUGAUGCUCACCGAGCUGCCCGGGAGCAACGUGGUGGUGGAUAAUAUGGACAACUCGUCCAACGCCGCGUACGGAGCCUACUUUGAGAGACUUUACAUCGUCAGGGAUGAGAGAGUGGUGUAUCAGGGGGGCAGAGGUCCAGAGGGAUACCGGAUUUCCGAGCUAAGAAACUGGCUGGAGCAAUACAGGAACGAUCUGGUGAAUUCCCAAACAGCGGUGCUCCAUGUGUAGUUGAAGAUGCUGAACUGCCUGCUGCUCUGCCCGUUCUGCUUAAGUGUCCAACCCACAGUGCAAAAUAUUCAGAUGCUGCUAUCAAACGUUCACACAUGGCACAUUAUGAUGUUUUUUCUUGCGUGAAGAUAUUCAGGACUCUUUGACAAAUAGCCGAAAGUCGUGUUGAAGCCUAUAUCUAGGCUGUAGGCUGGUCUAUUGUGCUUGUCUCGACCUUAAUUGAGCGAUUUUCUUUAUUUUUUUGUAUGGAAAAGUCUUGAAUCAGUUGCAACUGGAUACAAUUAGUGAUCACUCUAUUUUUCUACAAUAUUGGUGUGUGUGUGUGUGUGUGUGUGCGUGCGUGCGUGUGUGUAUUGGUGGGUGGGGGGGCGCGCGUGUGUGGAUGUGUGUGCGUGUGCGUGCGCGCGCGCGCGCGCGUUCAGGCUAAUAUCUCACUCGGGUGUUUCUAUGAAGUUCGGUUUUUGAAAGGCGCAGCCAGAAAACCGACACCGAUGUUUCUGACACCGGGAGCGGGGCCAUAUUAGCAGGAUGCCUUCCUCGAUGAUCGAUCGCCAAAUGAUGUAAUGUUGAAACAAUGUAACUGAACAAAUGUUUUUAAUAAAUGUCUGAUCACACAUUGAUGAUUGAGGCUACUGUUGACUCUGGGACGAACACCCGAAAGUUCUUCCUUUGGCCUUUUUUUUAUGUGGUUUUAGUGUUAGUUAAUGGACAAGAAAAAAGGACGAAUGUAUGCUCACACUCUCCGGUUGGAGCCUCCAACGUCUGGUGACGUCAUACCUGCUUCUCGUGCAGUUUUUCGGGAUGUUCCAUUAUUGCGCGCAGCUCGAAUCCCUCCUUUACCUUCCCCUUUGGUUUGUUUUGUUUUCCAGACGAAAUGCCUCCGACUCCCGUCCCUCCCACCGGGCCUCUUCGGGACUAAGUGACCCACCCUUCGCAUGCCCACGGCAGAGCGUAAAUGCUCCUUGGGACUGAUUGGUGAAGGCGUUCGUUCUUGAUGAGGCCACUUUCAGCUGUGACACAGGCUAGAAAAAAGGGAAGGUAGAAAUCACCUUCUUCGUGCGUAGGGGAAAGGAAGGAAACAGAAGCCCAGGCGGUGUUACUUAUAUGGCUCAAAAGAAGACAGCUGUUGCAUGUUUUGUAACUUCGUGAAUGAGAAGCGACCUCGAAUCAUGAAACGGGUGUGACGAUCAAGUCAAAGGCCAGAGAAGGUCAGAAUUUCACAGUUUAACAAACAGUGCUUUAAAUGUGGGGGGAAAGCUAAUUUAAUAUCAGUUAUUCUCUUUAUUGAAUUUAAAUGUUCUCUUUUUUGGCAGGUAAUUUGAGAAAUUGAGUCAAGUCAUUACUGAAUCCUCUGAUUGGGGGGGGGGGGCUGAUUCACAAGAGUGAAAAGUAUGUAUUCUCAUCAGAAAAGCUGCAUUGUUGGUGGACGUUCCUCACAAAGAGAAGAUCAAAGUGCAUGUGCUUGUUAGAAAAAAUAGGGUUUUACUGUUUGUUUUAUAUUAACUAUACAGAGCCAUGACAUUUUCUAUACACGGAUCAGAUGGAAGAAACAAAAGAGGGUUGUGCUGAUUAGUUGGUGUGAUGCGGCAUCUUAAAUCCAUUCAUCUUUCUCACUUUCUCACUUUUUCUAGAAUCUCUUUCGUUAUCAGCCCCCCCCCCAACACACA